AUGUCGGUGGUCCUGGCGCUCAUGGUGGCCGCGGCCGCGCUGAGUCCGCAGGCGCUGGCCGCUUCCUGCCCUACCCUGCCUGCAGCACCGCCGGGCAUGCGUCAUUUCAAGCUCUCGGUCGGCAAGCUCCUCAACUCCAAGACCCAGACCCUCGCCUACAACGGCACCGCCGUCGGCCCCCUCAUCCGCGUAAAGCUCGGCGAGCCAGUCCAGAUCGACGUCACCAACCGCGACAUUCCCGACGGCACCAGCGUCCACUGGCACGGCCAGGACCAGCCCAAUUCAUCCUGGGCCGACGGCGUCGCGUUUGUCUCGCAGGCGCCCAUCCCGGUCGGCGCCACCUUCUCGUACCGCUUUGUGGCUGCGCCUGCGGGGACCUAUUGGUAUCACUCGCACACCGGGGAGCAGUUUGGGGACGGCUUGAGGGGCCCCCUGAUCGUGGACGACCCCCAAGACCCCCAGAAGCACCUGUAUGAUUAUGAUCUUGAUGCCCACGUCAUCAUGCUGGCGGACGUGUUCUCAACAACCGUCGGGCAGCAGCUCAAGAAGCUCCAGGCCAGCGGCAUGGCGAUGCCCGGCGCCGGCGGCGCCGCCGCAAAGGGCGGCAUGGGCGGCAUGGGCGGCAUGGGCGGCAUGGGGGGCGCCGAUGCGGCUGCGCCGCCGACGAGCUGCCCGGUCAGCGUGCUUGACCAGGACAUCAGCGACGCGCCCUGGGGCGGCAUGCAGGCCAACGGCCUCGGCGGCCCGGGGCAGCCGCCGCUCGUGCUCACCGUCGCGCCCGGCAAGCGCUACCGACUGCGCUUCAUCGGCGGGCAGUCCUCCUGGGCGUUCAAGGUCGGCGGCCCCGCGGGCGGCGCCCACAAGCUGCAGAUCAUCGCCCUUGACGGCCGCCCCGUCGCGCCGCGCGCCGCCGACGCGUUUGUCAUCUCGUCCGGCGAGCGCGUCGACGCCGUGCUCGCGGCCGACAGGCCGGUGGGCAACUACUGGCUCGACGUCACCACUCUCACGGGCAUCAACUCGCCCAUCGUGGUGCAUUACGAGGGCGCCCCUGCCCCUAUGAAGGAUGCCAAGUUUAUGGGGAGCCUGCGGGCCAAUUACGGCUGCGCGGCGGGCGUGGGCGGCAAGCCGGGGGUGCUGGACCUUAAGAACGCCACCUUUGCAGCCCUCAAGACUGGCGUUGUGCCAAAGGCCGCCACCAAGAGCUUUGUCCUCUAUCUCGCCAACGCCGCCUCGUCAGCACCCCCGCCGCGCACGCUCGCCGCGCUGCUGUCCCCGGCAGUCGCCGCCAAGACGCGCGGCUUCAAGCCGGACACCACCCCUGUCUGCCCGCCGCUGCCGGACGGCUCCAAAACGAACUACUGCUGGAGCCUGAAUUGGAACAUCUUCGAGCUGCCCAAGACGCCCGCGCUGUUCCCCAAGUCGACGCCGGGCCCGACCACGUACACGCUCGAGGUGACUCAGGGUGACGUCAUCGACAUCGUGCUGGUCAAUCCCACGCGCAUGGUGCACCCGCAGCACCUACAUGGCGCCGGCUUCUGGGUGCUCGCCGCGGGCAACGGCGAGGCGUCGGUCGGGGACGCGCCGUCCGGCUGGGGGUACGCCGUAAUCCGCUUCCGAGCGGACAACCCGGGCGCGUGGGCGUUCCACUGCCACAUCGACCUGCACGCGGCGUCGGGGAUGUUCUCUGUUAUUGCCGUGCGGCCACCCAAGGGAGCCAAGUGGUUUGCGCCCUCGGGCGCCGCCUGCGGGGCGGCGCCGUAG